GCCAUAUUGAAGUGAGAUAGACAUUUCUAAUUUUUGCGUUUUUAUCAAAAAAUACGCAUAUUUACCGUAUAAUUUCUUUAUAAAAUCGUGUAGAAGUAAUCAAUGAACGAUCGACAAUGGUUUUUUAGCGCUUAAAUUGGUUUAAAACGGUUAUUUGAGUGAUUUUUAGCGCAGCGUCUUUGAAGAGGUUCCAAAAUGUUUGACCCAAACGCUAUAACUACUCAGCAGAAUCAAAUUCAGUACCAGCAAAGUCAGCAAAAUGAGCAGAAAGAGCAAAAAACCGAGCAAAAAGACGCUUUCCCGUCUUUUUGCUACGCAAAUGUCAAUAUGUUGCAUAAAAUCGCACCCAACACGAGUCAAAAUCACACGUCAACCGUCAAUAUGUCGCAAUUGACGGACGAUAAAUGCUACAUAACCCAACCUUUCAGCUACAAUUACACUCUCGUUAAUCAGAAUUUGCUAACGCAAAACGCCAUCAGUAACAUUAGCUUUAAAUGCGAGAUUUGUGGGCUGAUUUUCGCCCAUCUAACGUUAUUAAACCAUCACAAGAAAGUCUCCCAUCCCGAGACGCAAGGGCAAGUCCAACAGCAGCAAAUCACAGUGCAGGUUCAACAGCAACCUCAACAGCAACCAACUCAAAUUCAAAUAGUAUCCGCUGAUAGAAUCCGUUUUUCGUGCGAAGAAUGCGGUUUAACGUUCAACACGCAAAACGACCUGAAGAAUCAUAAAAUUCAGCAGCACAACCAGCAGCAAAAUCAACAACAGCAACAGCAGCAACAACAAGCGCCGCAACAGCAACAGCAGAACACGUUAAAAAUAAAAAAUUGCGAGACUUGCAAUGCUCCGCUACCGCAGGAUACAAACAAAAAACGCGCGGUUAUGAAGGUCAAGUGUGAGAACUGCCUUAGCGCUGAAUCCAUUCAACCGCAGAUUUUUGUGGUGCAAACAGCCCCUGACACCAUCAAGUUUGAAGAAAGUACCGGGACGCAAACCACAAACUUAGGGUCGCAGAAUACCAUUCCGAUUGGCGUGAAAAAUAACCACCCUGUUAAACGUCGCGGUGUUGCCAGCGUUACCAAGUGCACCAAGUGCAACGGUAGCGGUAUUAUUUUCAUAGGUGGCGCCAAGAAUCAGCAGAACAACGUGGAGAAACCUUUUCACUGUAAUAUUUGUAAUGGUUCUUUUAGUAGGUAUUCAUCCUUGUGGUCUCACAAAAGGUUACAUACAGGGGAGAAAAAUUUCAAGUGCAACAUUUGCGGACUGGCGUUUGCUAAGGCCGCCUAUUUGAAGAACCAUUCGAGAAUUCAUACGGGUGAGAAGCCCUACAGAUGCAACGUGUGCGGGAUGCAAUUUUCGCAGUCGCCCCAUUUAAAAAAUCACGAGAGAAUCCACAGCGGCGAAAGACCGUACGUUUGCGAAGUGUGCGACAAAUCUUUCGCGAGACAUUCGACUCUGUGGAACCACAGACGCAUACAUACGGGGGAAAAACCCUACAGGUGCGACAUCUGCGGAAGCUGCUUCAACCAAGCCACGCAUCUGAAAAAUCACGCGAAAGUUCACAGCGGGGAAAAACCCUUCAAGUGCGACAUCUGCUCCGUCGGAUUCUCAGACAGGUUCGCUUUGAAGCGUCACAGGAACAUACACGAAAAAUACGGGCGAACGAAGCCGGCUGCGCCGGCGCAGCCGAGCGUUUCCGAGGAUAAUCUGGAAGGUUCCGCUUCGAACGACGAAACCGCGGCGGCCGUGACGUCAGUCUCUACCGGAACCGAAGAUCAUGAAGAAAUAAUCGAGACGAAAUACGAGGCUGUGGAGCACGAGAUCGGCGAGGAGAUGCACAUUUCCGAGUUGCAAGUGCAGCUCUCGUAAAGUGGCAAAAAAACCUCGAAGUUUGAGUACCAACUCGAUUUUCAACGUUUGCGACGUUGCCACGUCGACUACUCGAGUUAUUCGAACUGCCGGCCAUUUUUCGACGAUGUCAUCAUAAAGUCGACGAAAAAUGGCGAAGUUUGAGUACCAACUCGAUUUUUAGCGUUUGCGACGUUGCCACGUCGACUACUCGAGUUAUUCGAACUGUCGGCCAUUUUUCGACGAUUUUAUGUUUAAGUCGACGAAAAAUCUCCAAGUUUGAGUACCAACUCGAGUUUCAGCGUUUGCGACGUUGCCACGUCGACUACUCGAGUUAGUCGAACUGCCGGCCGUUUUUCGAAGAUUUUAUGUUAAAAUCGACGAAAAAUCGCGAAGUUUGAGUACCAACUCGAUUUUCAACGUUUGCGACGUUGCCACGUCGACUACUCGAGUU